CGAAGACUGCUGUGGGAGAAAGACUGUAGCUCCUCAUCUCAACGCUGGACUGACUCGACUGCACCUGUUACGUUUUCGAUAGUGUGUGCUACUUAUGCUCAAGUGUUUUAAGGGCAUGUCGCGCCGGGCGGUGGUCGUGGCCGCGGCGGCGCUGCUCCUCGCCGCCGCUCCUCCCGCCGGGGCCUCGUGGCGCUGGGAGGACAGGUCGACUCGGCCCCCGGCGUCGGCCUCCUCCGUCGUCACGUCCAGCUCCACCAUCACUACCUCUUCCUCAACCUCGACUUCUGUUUCCACGCCCGAUGAAGUCCAGACAUCAGCAGAGGCGAGGUCGAUCCCGCAGCUUGCCGUGAACGAAACCGAACCUCGAUUCAUUGGAAGUCUCAAGAAGAAACUGUGCAGUGUUGGCCUCGGACUGAACUGUGAUAAGGAUUACAAACCAGCCACACACCACUACGGAAAACCAGCUGAUAUCCACGAGGUACAGUACGUCCAGCCUGUGGAAAUUCGCCCCGUGGGGAAACCCAUACCUGCACUGCCUGCUUAUCAUGGUAGCGGUGGAGGAGGAAGCCAUGGUGGAGGAGGUGGCGGCUAUGGAGGAGGAGGUCAUGGUGGAGGUCAUGGCGGAGGCCAUGGUGGAGGUCAUGGUGGAGGUCAUGGUGGAGGCCAUGGUGGAGGUGGAUAUGCCCCAGCUUCUACUUCACACUAUGGCGGUUCCUCGGGGUAUCCAGCGGCGCAGGCUCCCUCCCACUAUGGUGCUCCUAAGGCCCCCUCGACCUCAUAUGGCGCCCCUCCUGCCCCAUCGACUUCAUAUGGAGCACCCAAGGCUCCAUCAGUAUCAUAUGGGGCACCCAAGGCUCCAUCAGUAUCAUAUGGGGCACCCAAAGCUCCGUCAACAUCAUACGGAGCACCUAAGGCCCCUUCGACGUCUUAUGGUGCACCCCAGGCUCCUGUUGCAUCAUACGGCGCUCCUUCGGCCCCUUCGACAGCGUACAGUGCUCCCCCAGCCCCUUCGACAUCAUAUGCAGCUCCUCCAGCCCCAGCAGCAUCCUAUGUAGCCCCCUCGGCCCCCUCUCCUUCAUACAGCGCCCCGCCUGCUCCGUCGUACGCAGCUCCGUCGGUCGUCGGUGGAAAUCUGGAUUCAGGAAACACCGGGCAGACCAUAAAACACGUCCAUAUCCAUCAACAUGUAUACAAACUGGAUGGAGGCAAUGGAGGCGGCUUUGGUGGCUUUGUAGGUGCUAGUGGAGGAGGAGGAGGAGAAGGAGGAGGAGGAGGAGGAGGAGGAUAUGGCAACAACCUCAUACCUGGAUCAGGCGUCGGGGGAGGAAUAGGAGGAGGAUAUGAUAGCAAUAUCCUCUCUGGAUCAGAUAACUCCUUCUCGUCUACGCCCUUUAGAAGAGACACUGUAAAUAACAUCCUCGUUGAUCAAAAGGAAAUUGUUAAGAACGGCGGGUUUACACCUAGCUCACUUCCUACGGCACUAGGCAGUGUAGUUGGAGCUCCAGCCGGGGAAUACAACAUCGGAGUGGACGGCGUCGUCGAGCAGUUUGGUCUGGCUGAGUCUGUCCGGGACGUGAGGCCGCGGGAUCUCGGCUGCACCUGCGUUCCCAGAGAGCAGUGUCCAUUGGAUCAGGUCAUUUCUUCGCCUUUUGCCCGGGAGGAUCUCAGUAACAUUCAGGAUCCCAGGAAUUCCCCCUCUGCAGGCAGGGUUUACUCCAACGCGUCAAACGCCGCUCGACACAAGAGAGACGCCCAGGAUAUUGAAGAUCAGAUUGCCGUGGCGACGCAGGAACAGGCAACACAGCAGACUAGAGAAUUAUUCCCAGAUCCAACCAAGAUUUUCGGAGACGAGAUCAUCGCCCUUCCUGACAACUCCCAACUCAACCCACUCAACAUCGACCUCUCGCAACUUCGUCUCCCUCCUAACUCUGCCUUCGAAACGCUGGCCGCCGACUUGGCCGUCCAGCAGCAGGGUGCUGCUCCCUUCAACUCAGCACCAUUCACAUCUGGCUCGCCUGUGCGUGCUCCCACUCCCGUCCCGAUCGACGUCUCUCCCGAUCGGGCGAGUGACACCUUCGUCGGCAGCCAGAGUUUAGGAUUCAUACAGGACGUUACCAGUCAAUACCGCCAGGAGUUGAUCUCAAACAAAGAGCUUGUUUUUAAGGGUUGCAAAGACACGGGUGUCGCCAAGAUAAGAGUCACUCGACAAACCUCGGAGGACUCGAAUGACCCAGCGACACGGUUAAUCGGACUGUUAGGUGGUCUAGGUAGUGGGAGUGGUUUAGAUGGUCUCAAAGGCCCAGCUUUUGUGCCAUCUUUUGGGGUUAAUUUUGGGAGUUUGCCAACAGGUGGUGGUUAUGGUCCUUAUGGUAGCCCUUAUGGUGGCAAUCCGCUGGGACUCGAUCUCGGACCCGUGUCCGUAAACCCUUUCGUCGGAUUCAAAGUGGCAAAACUUGAUGGGAGGCCAAUCCUAAACCCAACUUUUGACCUCCUAGUGACUCCCAAUGCAAAGGGUGUCCACGCACUGAAUGGCCUCAAAGAAGGGAUAAAACAUCAGUUCGGAGGUGGAUACCCUGGUCCCUAUCCAGGCCCUGUUCCUGGUCCUUAUCCAGGACCCCUCCCAGGUCCCAUUCCAGCUCCCGUCCCAGGUCCCUAUCCAGUACCUGUACCCUACCCAAGUCCUCCAUACAACCCUUACCCACAGCAACCCGUUCCUCCUGUAUAUACACCUCCCAAUCCCGUGUACACCCCCCCUAAACCUGUGUAUACCCCACCCAAACCAAUAUACACCCCACCCAAGCCAGUAUACACCCCACCAGUAUACACCCCGCCCGCGAAGCCCAUUGCCGACUACAGCAACCAACACUACAAACCUCCGGGUUACGUCACCCCUGUGGCUGACUACUCGCCUGCCGUCCACAUCCCUCACAAGCCCAUAUCGGGAUUCCAUGACGAUAAUCCGGUCGAAGUCCACCACCACGAGCACACCCACUACCAUGACCAUGACCACGACUACGACUCCUCUCGCCCAUUUACCUCCGGGGGCUUUGUUCCUAGUUUGCACGGCUUUGGUCGUUCCGAUCUCCGUCAGAGUGACGACGAGCCACUUCCUCUCGCUUCCUCGUCCUCGUCCUCGUUAUCGUCACCAAGUUCCUCUUUCUUUCCAUCGUCGUCGAGUAAGUUUGUCCGUUCGGACUCCUCCAAGGUGACUUUCUCGACGCGCGCGUCCGAUUCGCCUAAGUCGUCGUCGGAUUCAUCAUUCAAGUUCCCGGAUUCAGUGCCAGGGGACCGAGAGGGCAGUCCAUCUUCACCUCGCCUCAUAAGCGAGGUGGGCGACUUCCUGAGUAGCCUCCCCAUCGAUGUAACGCUGAGACUCUCUAACCAUCCUCAUCCUCACCUCGCAAUUCCCGUCCCCCAUCCUCCGCCCUCGCCCCACGCCACCACCGAACCCCACCCCUAUUCCGAGACGUCGCCUGCACGCCUAGGCCUUGCGGUUGAGGCCUCCGUUCGUGCAUGGACUUCCUCCUCCUCCUCCUCCUCCCCCUCCUCACGGCAUGCGUCGGCCGCACCGACCCCCCCCCACGGCUACUUCGGUGAGGACAGGCUCUGCCGCCACGCCAACUGCAGGGGCCUCGCCUACUACUGCCAGCGGGAUUUCGCUUCCCCCGAAUGCGCUCUGUUCGAGGUGUGCUGCAACCCCGAGAUAUUCCAGGGCGCCUUCUCCUCCUCCUUCAAUUCCUUCGCCAACCCGGGGACCUGCGGCUUCAGGCUCACGGAGGGCAUCAACGGCCGCAUCCGACAGCCGCUGCAGAAGGAGGGAGACGCUGAAUUCGGCGAGUACCCCUGGCAAGCUGCAAUUCUGAAGAAGGAAGGAAUUGACAACGUGUAUGUGUGUGGAGGAACUCUAAUAGACGACCGACACGUGUUAACGGCUGCUCACUGUGUUAAAGGAUACGAUGCCAUUGAACUGAGGGUGAGAGUCGGCGAGUGGGACGUGAACAGCGACACCGAAUUCUACACCCACGUCGAGAGUGACGUCAGUGGUGUGUUUGUUAACCCAGAUUUCUACUCGGGGAACCUCAUCAAUGACAUUGCCGUCGUCAGGAUGACCGUCCCCGUUGACUUCGUUAAAAACCCCCAUAUCUCGCCGGUGUGCCUCCCCGCUCGGACCCAAGACUUCACAGGCCGCCGUUGCUGGAUCACGGGCUGGGGCAAGGACGGCUUCGGUGAGGAGGGCCAGUACCAGAGUAUUCUGAAGGAAACGGACCUGCUGGUGAUACCGCCUGGAGAGUGCCAAGCGAGGCUGCGUCAGACGAGGCUCGGGCCUUCGUACAGACUGCACCCCGGCAUGCUGUGUGCUGGAGGAGAGCUGGGCAAAGACGCGUGCAAGGGUGACGGCGGAGGCCCCCUAGCGUGCGAAGACCCGACAGGCAGGUUCCAGUUAGCCGGCAUUGUCUCCUGGGGAAUCGGGUGCGGUCAGGCGGGGAUCCCUGGUGUUUACGUCAACGUGGCCUACUACAUAGACUGGAUAGCACAGAUUACGCGGUUCUAAGUCGAAAUCGGUUGUCUGUUUUCCCUUCGUGGGUUGUCGAGAAGGGGCACGAAAGAUGAAGAUGAGAUGAAGGAGAUGGAAGAGAGAAAUACAAGAUGGAGUGGAGUGUCAGGUGGAAUGUGGUAGACGAAGGGGAUGAAGAAGGUGGAAGAAAAAUGUAAAAGAGAAAAUGGAAACGAAGAACUACAUAUUAGUAAUUGUGGUCUGGAGAUUAGCGGUUAAUCUGUGCUGGAAGGGACAUGCACCGAUGUUAAUUUAAUAACAUAAGUAGUUUGUCUCAGUUAGAUUUCAUCUCACUAUGUCACUUCACUCUUCCUUUUUUUACACGUUACAACAUUUGUUUUCCAUGUUGUUAAUAAAUGUGCUGUUAUUAUUACAGAAUAAGAAUUAAAAA